AUGUCGUCAAAGGUUUAUAUCACGUUCUGUGUGAUCUUACUGUCUAUAGCUGUUAUUCUCAGUAAUAUUUUAAAACUGACAACAAUUACUAAAGAAUCGAAAAGAUCGCUUGGGUAUCAUGAAGACACAUUGCUAAAUUUCACCGAAUUAAGUGCACGCUAUGGAUAUAGUUCAGAAGAACAUACCGUAGUCACCGAGGAUGGGUAUGUCUUGACGAUGUUCAGGAUCAAUGGAAGAAAGUGUACUAAGCUAAAAAGACCACCAGUUAUUUUAAUGCACGGUCUCCUGCAAAGUUCUGAUGCUUGGCUCGACGCUGGACCCGAUGCUGGAUUGGCUUAUCUAAUAUCAGAUGCAUGUUACGACUUGUGGGUUGGAAACCAACGCGGUAAUUACUAUUCCAGGCGACAUUUGCGCUUGGAUCCCGAUAGAGAUCCCGAAUUUUGGGAAUUCUCAAAAGACCAAAUUGGACUUUAUGAUGUACCAGCUACGAUUGAUUAUGUAUUGAAAAACACAAAUGAGAAAAAAAUGAAUUACAUUGGAUAUUCUCAAGGGGGUGGUACGUACCUUAUUAUGUGCUCAGAGAGACCGGGCUAUUGUGAGAAAGCAAACGUUUUUAUUGGCUUAGCACCAGCAACAAUUGGGAUUCGCAUGUCAAUGGCGCUACAAGUAGUAUUACACAUGGCACGACUGUUCGAAGAGCUACUUACUGCAAUUAAUAUUUACGAAGUUUCCCCAAAAGGUUCCUUAAUGGAAGAAUUUCUUGUGUUCUUUUGCCGUUACAGAUUGCCUGCAAAAUUCAUUUGUGGCAAUAUUCUGGCACUAUUGGAUUCCUCUCAUCCAGGAUCUAUAAAAGAGGAAACCAUACGCAAGCUAUACGCACAUUUUCCUGUUGGUACUUCGGUUCGCACGAUUGCGCAUUACGGUCAGAUAUUAUUGGCAGAUCAUUUCCAAAAGUACGAUUAUGGUAAAAGAGGCAAUUUGAAAAUUUAUCAAGCAGUCAAACCCCCAAUCUAUAACUUCAGUGCUGUGACAGUUCCAUUUGUGACGCUGUAUGGUAGAAAUGACAAAAUGGUUUCUAAGGAAAGUAUUCUGUGGUUAAUCGAAAAAUUACCGAACGUUCUGGAAGCUUUCGAGGUUUCAGACCCACUGUGGAAUCACUUCGACGUAGCCUACAGUCAGUUUACAAAAAAAAUGAUCUUUCCGAAGAUAAUUGAAUAUUUAGAACGAUUUAGUAUAAGUUAG